AUGACCAUCAUACAACAAUUACAGAUUCUACUGCGCUCUACUGAUGAAGUCAAAGCCAUUCUAGACGUCUCACUCAUUACCGACUCUGAAUCUGCUCAAGAUGCGCAGAGCAAGCGAGUUCUGGCGGUUAUUUCACACAAGGACGACUGGAAUUUGUCAGAGGAAGGAUGGUAUGUUGCAGAUACAUUUUUUUCUUCUGUGGUAACUGAGGUCAGUAGCCUAUUCAUAUGCAAGUAUAGAGCAAACACAAUCAACCCAGAGGAACUGGAAAUACAAAGAAUAUUCCCAAUCUAUGGCGAAUUCUCCAUUGUGAUCAGCCAGAUGCGUCGUGGAGCAAAUGACAACGUAUCACAACCCUUUACGACUGCAUGGACCAAGUCGGUACUCGAGCAACCACGCGCUGUCAUUACGCUCAGCAUUACACCGGCAGAAGGACUGCCUAGUGAUGCUCAUCCAGCGACAUUCUCUACCCACGAUGUACAGGGGUUGAAGAACCUGGUGGGAGUGUGUAAAAAGCUAAAAGAAGUAUCAGAUGUCGAUCCCGAUGCUAUCAUCAAUAUCGCAUCUUCCACCACGCAUUUCAGCUGGCUGAGACCUUAUUUUACGAAGCGUACCACCAUCACCUCUCUUGCAACCACUCCGCAGGAUCUCCGCCAAAGUAUUCGUCCGUUAAUCGACCGUCUAUCCCCUGCUUGCGCAGGCCUGAUGGGGGAUGACCAUUCAGAUGCACAGGCAAUCAGAGAUGAAUGGAUUCUUGCUAAAACCCGUUCAGAUGCCCGCAGACAGCAUGGAGGUAGAGAAUUAUUCAUACGGAUAGGGACAUUCAAUGUGAAUGGAAAGUUUCCAUCACAGGAUUUGUCUGCAUGGAUUCAGGGAGACCGCAUAUCGACCGUUUCGCUUCCUCCUCUCAAGGCAGUCUCUCCGUUUUCACUUGGGGGAGAUUCAUUUGACUGGACUACCGGCUCUGUUCAACCUUCGGAGGAGUCCAUUCCCGCGUCACUCCCCGUAGACCCAUCCGAUCCCGAUCCUGACAUGUUCGUGCUUGGUUUUCAGGAAUUGGAUUUAUCUACCGAGGCGUUGAUCUAUUCAACGGGAACAGUUAGAGAGGAUGCGUGGUGUAAUGCGGUGUUUGCAGCCCUUGGCGAGAAAGGGCAGAAAUAUGAAAAGCUUGUAUCAAAACAACUUGUAGGGAUGCUCAUCGUGGUAAUUGUUAAGAAGGUGUUAGUCCCGUGCUUUGGGGAUGUCAAGACUUGCGCAUCGGGAGCCGGGAUCCUGGGCAUAAUGGGAAACAAAGGAGGUACAGCGGUCCGCCUCACCUUUACCCCUCCUAUGUCGGUCGCCAGCAAAGAAACAGAGUCGAUUGCUUCAGAGCGCACAGUAUCUGUCACAUUGGGAUCAGCCCACUCAGUCCCCUCCCCCGGACCGACAACUUUUACUUUCGUCAACGCACAUCUAGCUGCUUUUGAUGAGAUGGUUGAUAAACGAAAUCUGGACUUUAUGGAUCUAUCCCGGAAGCUUUCGUUUGAGGCUGAUGCUGCUACAAUAGAAGACGGAGGGAAUAAUGCCGAUGACCCUCUGUAUUCUGGAAUAGAUCCCAAUUCAGGAGAGGGUGGCACAGGGAAGGCAACUUUCAAUCUGAAUUAUAGAGUGGACCUACCUGAUACCCAGAUGAGAAACGUUCUGAAAGACGAAGAGUGGAACGGAAAGGAAAAAUUCGAGGCAUUGCUAAGAUUUGACCAGCUCAAAAAAUCAAUGCAGGAUAAGAAAGCAUUUGAAGGUUUCAUCGAAGGAACAAUUGAGCAUAUGCCUACAUACCGAUUCAGUCCAGGGCUAAUGAUGGACAAACUCGGUUACGACUUAAAGCGAAAACCUGCGUGGACGGAUCGUAUCUUGUAUAUGAAUAGCUCCACGUCUCGCGUGCGUCAGCUCUCGUACAGGGCGCACCCAGAGAUUGUGAUGAGCGAUCAUAGACCUGUAUCAGCCAACUUCGUCGUGGACAUGGACUAUUACGACAAGAACGAACUACGUUCGAGCGCGAGUGAUUUAUUUGACCAGGUGCAUGAUUUGGAUGGGGAAAGUUCCCUUCACAAAGGGGGGCUUAGGGUGGACAACAUGUAUAUCGAUUUCGAGAAGAUUGGAUAUGAUACAAAGGUUCAAAGAAUGGUUACCGUGCGCAACACCAGCAAGUACGCCUGUGCUUUCAGAUUUGUUCCCAUUCAACUGGAUGCUCCCAUUCAUCCUGAAUGGUUACAUAUCCACCCAAUGCUUGGAGUCCUUCUUCCGAACGAAGCCACAGAAAUAACAUUGACAGCACACGUAGACAAUGGCACUGCAGCAAAGCUCAACCAGAAAGCUUCAGAUCUAAGUUCAACAUUGAUUCUACACACUGUACUUGGUAAAGACCAUUUCAUCUCCAUCUCUGCGGAAUAUCAAUACACAUGCUUCGCCAAUUCGUUGUCGAGGCUCACUAGGCUUAAGGCUCCGAUACGAUCCAUGAACUCCCCGCACGAUUUACUGCCAGAGAAAAAUUCUAUCAAUGCUCCCCGCGAAGUCAUGAGGCUGGUGAAUUGGAUGAUGACAAGCACACCAUCUUCGGAUAUGUUCCUUCAACCAGGUGACCCAAUUUUAGUGAAAAAUAUACGAGAGUGUCUUGAUACAGGAGAUGAAUUUCCGUAUGCUCCCGAUACUUCCGACACAAAGGUGUCAAUGGCAUUCGCAACAACCCUUCUUCUGUUAUUGGAUUCCCUUUCCGAGUCCGUGGUACCUGCCUCUUUACAUCAGCGAUGUCUAGAGAUGAAUGAUCGAGAUGAGGCCUUUGAGUUGCUUGACGCACUCCCGCCUGCAUCCGUUAACGUGUGGAUAUCGGUUACCGCGUUUCUUCAUUUUAUUUGCCAGAUAUUAUCCAAGAACACAAAUUACACCGAGGAUCUUGCGACGAUAUUUGCUCCCGUCCUUUUGCGCGAUGACCCAACAUCGACGGCUUUGUCAAUAUCACCGAAUGGGAAACGUAGAUUCCUGCUGUAUUUCAUUUCAUAG